AUGAUUCCGGUUCCAUUUGGUAUUCUUUUAUUCGAUCCUCGGCUAACCGACUCUUUCAACCUCGGAGCGAGAGAGGAGGAGGUUAACGCGAUCGUGAUAAUGGAGCCGCAGAACGAAACGGAAGAAGAAGGAGAGCGACUCGAAGGAGCGAUGGGAGCGUUGGAAGAGAGUAAAGAGAAAGCGGCGGAGAUGAGCCGAAAGGAGAAGCGAAAAGCGAUGAAGAAAUCGAAGAGGAAGCAAAUUAGGAAGGAGAUAGCGUCGAAAGAGAGAGAAGAGGCGGAAGCGAAGUUAAACGAUCCGGAGGAGCAGGAGAAGCUGAAGGCGAUUGAGGAAGAGGAGGAGCGGAAGAGAGAGAAGGAGCUGAGAGAGUUCGAGGAGAGUGAGAGAGCUUGGAGAGAGGCUAUGGAGAUUAAGAGGAAGAAGGAGGAAGAGGAAGAGAGGCGUUGGAAGGAGUUAGAGGAGGAGAGAAAGCUUGAGGCUAGUAGAGAUGAUGAGGAGGAUGGUGAUUAUGAAUAUAUAGAAGAAGGGCCUCCAGAGAUUAUAUUCAAGGGGAAUGAGAUUAUUCUCAGAAAGAACAAAGUUAGAGUUCUAAAGAAAUCAGUAGUUAAAGUGGAUGGAAAUGAGAUUGGUGAUAGGCCUACAUCAAAUCCUCUACCUCCGGGAACUGAAGCUUUGUCAAAGUAUCAGAAUGUUAGCUCUGCUCAACAGAUUCUGGAUAGUGUUGCACAAGAAGUACCCAACUUUGGAACUGAGCAGGAUAAAGCUCAUUGUCCUUUCCAUUUAAAGACCGGAGCUUGUCGGUUUGGCCCGCGUUGCAGCAGAGUUCAUUUCUACCCUGAUAAAUCGUGCACUAUACUUAUGAAGAACAUGUAUAAUGGCCCUGGCAUUGCUCGGGAACAGGAUGAGGGGCUUGAGUAUACAGAUGAGGAAGCUGAACAAUGUUACGAAGAGUUUUAUGAAGAUGUUCAUACGGAGUUCCUGAAGUAUGGAGAACUUAUUAACUUCAAGGUAUGUAGAAAUGGCUCACUCCACUUGAAGGGCAAUGUGUAUGUACACUACAGAUCACUAGAAUCAGCUAUUCUUGCCUACCAGUCCAUUAAUGGUCGAUAUUUUGCUGGUAAACAGGUGAACUGCGAAUUUGUCAACAUCUCAAGAUGGAAAGUCGCCAUAUGUGGGGAGUACAUGAAGUCUAGGCUCAGAACUUGCUCUCGUGGAUCUGCUUGCAACUUUAUCCAUUGUUUCCGAAACCCGGGUGGAGACUAUGAAUGGGCUGACCAUGACAAACCACCUCCAAGAUUCUGGAUUCACAAAAUGACCGCUUUAUUUGGUUAUUCAGAUGAAUACUUGAAGCAGAUGGAGCGUGAAUAUUCAGGGUCGUUAAGUGAUUUUAGAUCAGAUCAACCACCAAUAGAUUCACAUAGACAACAUUCAAGAGGAUCUAGAUCGAGGGACCAUGAUCGUGAGAGCGUGGGAUCUAGAGCUUCGUGUAGGAGCCGUAAGAGUCACGGUGAUAGUCGGGACAGUUCUCGUGGACACAAACUUAGCAGUACUAGAGAUGGUAGUUUUGAGAGUGAGAUCUAUAAAAAGCCACGUCAUGGUAAAGAGACAUCACGUCACGAAACCAAAUGGUCUGAACACUCUCCUGGACAUCGGGUGACGAGGAAAAGAAUCCAUGGGAGGUAUUCCGAUGAUGAUGAUUCAGGAGACGAAGACGGCAGGGGAGAGACUAGUCACAAACGGAAAUGCUCAAGACGUUAUGGGAGAAGAGGCUCAGAUUCAGAAGUUGAAGAACGUCUGAACGAUGAAGAGGAGACGAGAACCACCCAUAGGUCUAGUUCUGAGAGGAGGUCAAGAAAAGAACAUGAUAGAGAAGGAUCAGGUGCUGAUGAGGAGGAGGAAAGUAAUGGAUAUGAUAGGGUUGGUGAUAAGUCGCGGAGGGAAAGAAGCAGGUCAAGAUAUUCGCACGAGGGAGACUCGAGUGAAAGUAGACAUAAAAGAUCAUACCUUGGAGAUAAUGACAGGAAAAGAAGUGUGGAGACUAGUCCAAGAGAUAAAGCUAAUAGACAUAGGCACAAGACCGGUGAUUCUGGUUCUGAUGGAAGCAGACAAGGCCGAGAAUCGCAAGAAGUCAAGAGGAGUGUAAUAAGUGGCUCAUCAAGUGAUGAGGGGAGAGAAGAAAGACACAAAGAGAGAUGUGGUAGUAGUAGACAUAGGAAACGAAGAAGGUCAGACGAGCAGACUCCAAAGGAACCAGAGGAGAUUGAGCCGAAGCCUUUCAGCGGGGCAGCGAAUUCAGUUACGGCGGCGAAGAUAGUGAUGAUAACGGGAGUGAGCAAAGGUCUGGGAAGAGCCUUAUCUCUGGAGCUGGCGAAGAGAGGCCACACUGUGAUUGGAUGCGCCCGCACUCAGGAGAAGCUCACCGCUCUUCAAUCGGAGAUCUCCUUCCCGGACAAUCAUCUCCUCCUCACCGCCGAUGUGAAAUCAGAUAGCAGUGUUAAAGAGAUGGCACACACAAUUAUGGAGAAGAAGGGUGUCCCAGAUAUCAUAGUUAACAAUGCCGGUACUAUCAAUAAGAACAGCAAGAUUUGGGAAGUCUCUGUAGAAGAUUUUGACAGUGUCAUGGAUACAAACGUUAAAGGAGUAGUAAAUGUACUGCGCCAUUUCAUCCCUUUGAUGCUCCCACGGAAGCAAGGGAUUAUUGUUAACAUGUCUUCUGGAUGGGGACGAUCUGGUGCUGCCCUGGUUGCACCUUACUGUGCAUCGAAAUGGGCCAUCGAGGGUUUAAGCCGAUCUGUGGCAAAGGAGGUAGCUGAAGGGAUGGCAGUGGUUGCAUUAAAUCCAGGAGUGAUCAACACAGAAUUGCUCACUUCCUGCUUUGGCAACACAGCUUCCUUGUAUCAAGCUCCUGAUGCUUGGGCUGUGAAAGCUGCAACGAUGAUUCUGAACCUUACAGCGGGUGAUAAUGGUGGAUCUCUUACUGUCUAA